AUGAUCGUCAACUGGGAAAACAGACUCACCAUCAAGACUGUUGUUAAGACCCCAGAAACCAAGAGACACCUCGUCACCCUCAUGAGCCGUCCAGUCACCUACGUCUCUGUCUGGGACAAGGAAACCCGCCAAUACCCAGAAG